AGAGGAACCAGAGUUUCCACAGAUUAAAGAAGAACAGGAGGAGCUCUGUGCCAGUCUGGGGGCAUAUCAGCUGGUCCUGAAGGAGGAGACAGAAACCUUGAUGUGGACUCCUACUUGUGAGGAAAGUGAAGAUCAGACUCUGGACUUGAGUCCUGAUGAAACUCAGAUUGCAGCAGAGGAAGAGCAAUUUGUCAGCAUGUCAGUUAAAAGCUCUGUGAAACCUGAACCAGACAGUGACGACCAGCUCCUGUCUCACAACUCUUAUUUAGCUGAGAACCAAGAUCACAAAGCCUCAGAACCAAAACCACAGAAGAGGCAUCACACUAACAAUGAAGACAAGUGCACCUCUUUAAAUAUUCACAGUAAUACUUUUACAGGGAAACAGUGUUUUAAAUGUGACACCUGUGGGAAAUCAUUUGCCUGCAAGUCCAACUGGCGUAGACAUCAGAGAGUCCAUACAGGUGAGAAGCCGUAUCCAUGUAACACCUGUGAGAAAAGAUUCUCUCAACCAGGUGCAUUAAAAGCACAUUUAAGGGUCCACACAGGUGAGAAGCCGUAUCCAUGUAACACUUGUGAGAAGAGAUUCUCUGAACCAAACAAAUUAAAACUGCACAUGAGAACACACACAGGUGAGAAGCCGUAUGCAUGUAACACUUGUGAGAAAAGAUUCUCUCAGCCAGGUGCAUUAAACCUGCAUAUAAGAACACACACAGGUGAGAAGCCUUACCCCUGCAACACCUGUGACAAAAGUUUCCCUCAUCUGGGCACAUUAAACCUACAUAUAAGAACACACACAGGUGAGAAGCCUUACCCCUGCAACACCUGUGGGAAAAGUUUCCCUCAUCUGGGCACAUUAAAACAUCACAUGAGAAUCCACACGGGUGAGAAGCCAUACACUUGCAAAACGUGUGGGAGAGAGUUCAGACUUGGACAUAACUUGAAGAUCCAUAUGAGGACGCACGCAGUAGGAAAAGAUUCUGUCUGAUGACUGACUUGAAAAAGCUCAUAAAAAUUAAUUCAAAUGUAUUUGUAUUUCUGUAUUUACAUUGAUAUUUAUUCAGCAUGUCACAAAUGAUUGUGAAAAAAAUAUAGACCACUGUAUUGUAUUGAAUAAUAUCUACGUUUGGUUUGACACUUGUAAGUAUUUGAAUGUUCACACCUUCUGGGCAUGCUUUAGUCCUAUUUGGGGGUUUUUGUCAAUUUAAACCCUGCAAAAUAUGUACAGAGUAGAUUAAGUACUUAAGUCCUUUGCAGAAAUAUCAAUCAAAUGAGUGAAUGAAUCAUUUUUUUCAAAUAUCUUCAACAUAGGAGCUUUAUAUCCCCAUCCCAAAACCAUUCACUACAUAUACACUACAUGAACAAAAGUAUUGAGACACACCUCUUAAUCUUAAUUCAUGUUCAAGUUUCAUUCAGACCCAUCGCCAUAUGAUGUGAUGAAUUUGUUUGUCAAUGGUUAACCUCAACAGUGGAGAAAGUGUCCAGAGUGUCUUAUGCUGAAAAUGUUUAUUGAAGCUUGGCCAAGGAGAAUCAAAGUAAUAUUAAUACACUCUUCUGAUGCAUGAUGUCACCA